CAUGGCGGCCGAAGGUGAAGAAGAACGUGCAGCAAAAGCACAUCGUGAAAGAAAAUCAGGGCCCAAAGCAGAGAAGAAAAAGAAGCGGAGACAAGCCCAAAAUGAAGAUUCCAAUCGCAAGAAUCUUAAGGCUUUUUCAUUUCAUUCCACGGUACGCGCGGCUCGUCAGCAACGACGUAAACUUGACGUCCAAACCAAAAAGCAUCAUGUCCCAUUAGUAGACCGUACGCCUUUAGAGCCACCUCCGAUUGUUGUGGCUAUUAUAGGACCUCCUAAAGUGGGAAAAAGUACAUUGAUUGGCUCACUUUUGAAGAACUUCACCCGACAAAAUCUCACAACCAUUAAGGGUCCAGUGACGAUCGUGUCAGGAAAAAAAAGACGUUUGACAAUAAUUGAAUGUGGAAAUGACAUGAAUAUGAUGAUUGAUAUGGCAAAAGUUGCAGACUUGGCGUUGCUUCUUAUCGAUGCUAGUUUCGGAUUUGAGAUGGAGAUUUUCGAGUUCCUCAAUAUCUGUCAAGUGCAUGGUUUUCCUAAGAUUAUGGGCGUUCUUACACAUCUGGAUCUCCUCAAGGACAACAAAUCUUUAAAGAAAACUAAGAAAAGAUUAAAGCACAGAUUCUGGACUGAGGUCUACCAGGGAGCAAAAUUAUUCUACAUAUCAGGAAUUUCACAUGGUCAUUAUCCGAAAACAGAAAUACAUAACCUUGGCAGGUUUAUAUCAGUCGCGAAAUUUAGGCCACUCGCUUGGAGGUCGUCUCAUCCCUAUGUUCUGGCGGACAGGAUUGAAGAUCUUACAGAUCCCGAAGAACUACGUCAAAAUCCUAAAUGUGACCGUAAGGUAUCCUUUUAUGGCUACGUUCGUGGUGCUAAUAUUAAACCGAGCAGCAAGAUUCAUCUGUUAGGGGUUGGUGAUUUUCAAGUGAAGGAGAUUAGCAAAUUGCCGGACCCCUGUCCUUUACCGGAGAAAGAAAAAAAGAGAUCUUUGAAUGAAAAAGAAAAGUUGUUGUACGCGCCAAUGUGUGGGGUUGGAGGCGUCAUGUAUGACAAAGAUGCUGUGUACAUCGACCUUGGAGGAAGUCAUCAUAAUAAGAAAGUGGACGAUGAUACUGAAAAACUGACUGAUACAGCCCCUGGAAACGAGCUGCUGACGUCGCUAUCUGGAAUGCAAGAAACAAUUGACGCGAAGAUGGCUUCCAGCAAACUGUCCUUAUUCAAGGAUUCCUUGCCUUUGGGGCAAGAGGAAGUCGACAGUUGGAAACUCCCUGGUGAAGUUGUGGUUCGUGAAAACGACCGAAUACGUCGAAAGGCAACGUGGACGAGUGAAAGUAAAGAUGACAGCGAUGACAGCGAUGAUAGCGACGAUCAUGUCGAAAGUGAUGAUGAUAAAAUCAGUGGAGAUGGUGAAGGCGAUUGGAAGGCGAUGGGAGAGAGCGAGGAAAGUGAUCGGCUCAAGCCUAGUAGAAAAAAGGAUACCGAGUCGUUCGUUUACGAGGACGAAUAUGGUGAUUGUAGUAGCGACGAAGAAAGUGAUUCAGGUGGCGAGGAAUGCGUAAAUCUUGACGAUGUUUCUGAGAAUGAUGAUAAUGAAUGUAGUGGUAGCGACAUUUCUACGAGUGACCUACCAAGCCGUAAAAAGGUCCUAUCUGGGAAAAGAAAGUGUCCAGAUUCUUUGGGAGAGUUGAAAAAUGAGGAUAGAGAAACGAAAAAGAGGAAAGCACUUCUCAUUGGUGACGAGGAAAAAGAUAUGACGGAACCUGGCGAGAAAGAAUCUUUGGGAGAUUCAGAGUGGGGGAAGAAAUUCUGGAGCAAGAAUCUGAUGGAGAAAGCGCGAGAAGCUUAUCUCCGACACCAGAGCAACACUCCUAACUUGAAGAAGUUGAUAUAUGGUCAAGGGACAACCUAUGGCUCUGCGUUUACGAGUACCGUUGAAGAUUCAGAUGAAGAGGCAGUUGGUGGGCUCUUUAGGAUGAAGAAUCGAUCAAAGGAUAGCAAAGAUCAGGUAAUGCACGAACGUGAUUGCUCUAAGGUAAUGACGGAACACACACGAGAGUGGCAGGACAUACUGGCAGAUAUCAAGGAUUGUUUUGUCACCGGCAAAUGGACAGAAACUGAAGAUGCGGAAACCUUGCUUGAAAUGGAUGACCAAGACGAUGAAGAAAUAUUCGGUGACUUCGAAGAUCUUGAGACUGGAGAAGUACAUCAUGCCAAGAAUGCAGAGGAAGGUGAUGAAACUGGGGAUGAAACUGAUGGUGAUGAUGAAGAAAAAGAAAAAGAAGCGAUGGAAGAAAGGAUUGAAAAGAAGAAAAAGUUAAAGGCCGCUUUUGACGUCCAAUAUGAUGAUGGAGAGGAAAGCACAUACUACGAUGAUCUGAAAGCCCAAAUGACACAGCAAGCUCGUUUAAACCAAGAGGAAUUUGAAGGAAUGGAUGAUGAGACCAGAAUUCAAUACGAGGGAUACCGUGCUGGAAUGUAUAUUAGGCUCGAGAUUGACAAGAUUCCAUGUGAAUUUAUAAGCAAUUUUAAUCCAAUGUAUCCUAUCAUUCUUGGUGGACUUCUCUCAAAUGAAGAUAACAUUGGGUAUAUAAGAGUUCGUUUAAAAAAGCAUCGUUGGUAUAAACGUAUCCUAAAAACGCGAGAUCCACUCAUCAUGUCAAUUGGUUGGCGAAGGUUUCAGUCGGUCACGAUGUAUUCCACUCAAGAUCACAAUGGCCGCUUUCGGUUACUCAAGUAUACGCCAGAACAUUUGCAUUGCGUUGCCUCUGCCUACGGACCAAUUGUGCCUCCAGGUACAGGUGUUUUGGCUGUCCAGUCAGUUUCAGAUGUUGUCGCUCAUUUUCGAAUCGCCGCAACAGGAGUGAUUCUUGAUCUGGAUAAAUCUUCGGAUAUAGUAAAGAAGCUAAAACUGACUGGAACACCAUUGAAAGUAUACAAGAACACCGCGUUUAUUAAGGGUAUGUUCAAUUCAUCAUUGGAGGUGGCCAAGUUUGAGGGUGCUAAUAUCCGAACAGUCAGCGGAAUUAGAGGUCAAGUUAAAAAGGCUAUUAAGGCACCUGAUGGGGCAUUUCGAGCGGCAUUUGAAGACAAGAUCUUGAUGAGCGAUAUCGUAUUCAUUCGCUGUUGGUAUCCGGUGACUGUGCCCAAAUAUUACAACCCUGUGACCUCACUACUGGUGUCUUCCGACGACAAAUUUGGUUGGCAAGGCAUGAGGACCGUUGCUCAGAUACGCAAAGAUCGUGGCCUGGAAAUUCCUUUGAACAAAGACUCUUUAUACAAGCCUAUCGAGAGGACGCCGAGACGAUUCAACCCGUUGGUCAUACCCAAACAUCUUCAGAAAAACCUUCCAUUCAAAUCAAAACCUAAGCUGCAGGUGAAACAGACGAAGCCAUCUUUGGAGACAAGAAGAGCCGUUGUCAUGGAACCGGACGAAAAACGCGCGUACACACUGAUGCAGCAACUGUACACGGCAAACAAGGAAAAACUUCGAAAGCGCAGGGAGAAAAUGGUGGAAAAGCGAACCGCAUAUUUGAAACAGAAAACGAAGGAUGAAGCGAAGAGAAACGCGAGACAGAAAGAAAACAGAAAAAAGAUAUUCCGCAUGUUGGGUCAGGCUGAGAAACGAAAACAACGCCAUGUUAGGGACUAGCUGCAUGGUGUACCAGCAUACUGUAAUAAUGUACAGUAAGGCAGGGUACAUACAGUAUAGCAGGGUGUAUACAGAUGCAUUGCAGCGUCAAAAACCUCCUUUAAGUGGAGUUCUAAGCGAGCAAACCGUUGAGAUGGAAUAACCUUAGAACCUGCGUAUGCAUUGCAUGUUUCCCGAGGCGAAUAUUUUGCAAAUGUCAUUGGUUAUCCUUUCGCUUAACCGCCAUUGCUGGUGAAAUGGUCUGUGAACGAUGCGGAAAACUUUCCGAUAACUCGUAUUAUAUUUGCAUAUCGGUCGUGCGUAAGUCGUCAAAGGUGCCAUCGAUUCGUCUCGUCACUUAUUUUAGCUGCUGGAGAUUGGACACACUUUAUUCGCAUGCAGACACGAUUGUACGAGUCGUUAAAUACAUGCAAGAUAAAAUUUUAAAUAUAGUAUGAUUAAAAUUGGGAGUUGAUUUUCACGAGUAUAGUUCACUGGCGAUAUUUUUUUAACUUUUAGGCACAUACAAAGACAAGUCAUAUACCAUAAUAUGACCAGGGACUAUAUCGCAUCAUCUCUAUGCCAUAUAUAGCGACUUGCCAUACACUUGAACUACAGGGUGCAACUAACGAACAUAUUAUACAGCUUUCAAUCUUGAAAAAUCUAAUUCCUAUAAUCAUACGAAUUCCGGAAAUCGCCUAUUCAGUUCGCUCUUUUAAAUUAUAUUUUCUGUCAUUUUGUAACAUAGCGUAACAUGUAAAAUCUGAAACAAAGUAACAAACGCUGAUAUCGAGAGUGCAUGAUUUCGCUUACAUAAUUUUUUUUUCUGUUACUUUAAUUAUAGUUAGGUAUUAUCGAACAGCUGUUUCGAGCAAUUUCGCGCAAAAACUUCAAUAGAUAGUAUCAAAAGGGGCUUUCCUUGGGUUCUUUUGAGGAGAAGCU